UAAACAGAGAAUUAAGGGCUGCCUUCGACUCCUGUCUGUAAUGGGCACGGCGGGGCUGCCCUGGCAGCGAUGCCCUCCUGCCCGCUCGUGUUUAAGCUGGGCACGGCAGUGACGCCCGGGCAGCACUGCGGGGACGGGGCUGGGGGUCCCAGCGCCCCCGCGCCCUCACCCUGAGCCGGGCCGGGCCGGGCUGGGCGCUGAGCCGGGCCGUGCCGAGCCGUGCCGAGCCGUGCCGGGCCGUGCCGUGCCGGGCUGUGCCGAGCCCGGCGCUGCCUGCGGCCCCGGCGGGCACAUGGGCAGGAGGGCGGGGCCCGCGGCCUGACAUCACGGCUCCGCUCGCCGCUCCCGGACGGCGCCGCUCGCCCUCCCGCCGCCGCGCAGAGGAUGUCCAGAGGAGACAUGGCCAAGCCUCUGCUGGGCCAUGGGAGCACGGAGGGUGAGUGCAGCCCCCCGGCGCCGGCCGGCCGCACCGUGGGCGUGCUGGGCAGCGGGGACUUUGCGCGCUCCCUGGCCGUGCGCCUGGUGUGCUCCGGCUUCAAGGUGGUGGUCGGCAGCCGCAACCCCAAGCGCAAAGCCAGCCUCUUCCCUGCUGCAGCAGAGGUCACCUUCCAGGCCGAGGCCGUGAAGAAGGCGGACGUCAUCUUCGUGGCCGUUUUCAGGGAACAUUACUCCACCCUGUGUGACCUGGCUGAUGUGCUGGUGGGCAAGAUCCUGGUGGAUGUCAGUAACAACACCGAGAUCAACCAUCGCAAGGAGUCCAACGCGGAGUACUUGGCCUCCCUGUUCCCAGCCUGCACCGUGGUGAAGGGCUUCAAUGUGGUUUCUGCGUGGACGCUGCAGUCAGGUGCCAGGGAUGGAAAUAAGCAGGUUCUGAUCUGCUCAAAUAACCAAGAAGCCAAGCGCACCGUAGCAGAAAUUGCCCAAAUCAUGGGAUUCACCCCUGUGGACAUGGGCUGCAUGUCCUCAGCCCGUGAGAUCGAGAACAUUCCCCUGCGCCUCUUGCCAGCCUGGAAAAUCCCCGUCUUUUUGGCUCUGGGGCUUUUUCUUUGCUUCUUCACCUACAACCUGAUCCGGCAGGUCAUCCACCCUUACAUCAGGGAGCAGAAGAACAAGCUGUACAAGAUCCCCAUCGAGGUGAUGAACACCACGCUGCCCUGCGUGUCCUACGUCAUGCUGUCUCUGGUCUACCUGCCCGGGGUGCUGGCAGCCUGCUCCCAGCUCUACUACGGCACCAAGUACAGGCGCUUCCCGGACUGGCUGGACCAGUGGCUGCAGCACCGAAAGCAGAUCGGUCUCCUGAGCUUCCUGUGCGCAGCCCUGCACGCCGUGUACAGCCUGUGCCUGCCCAUGCGCCGCUCCCACCGCUACCUGCUGAUCGAGACGGCCGUCAAGCAGGCUGUGGAGAAGAAGAUGACAAUCUGGGUAGAGGAGGAAGUCUGGAGGAUGGAGAUUUAUAUCUCUGUUGGAAUAAUUGCCCUGGGCUUGCUGUCGUUACUUGCCAUCACUUCACUUCCAUCCAUCGCAAACUCUCUCAACUGGAGGGAAUUCAGUUUCAUCCAGUCCUCCCUGGGAUUUAUUGCCUUGGUGCUCAGCACUCUGCACACACUCACCUACGGCUGGUCGAGGGCCUUCGAUGAGAACCAGUACAAAUUCUACCUGCCCCCAACCUACACCCUCACACUGCUGGUCCCAUGCACUGUCAUCAUUGCAAAAGUCAUCUUCAGUUUGCCCUGCAUCCAGCACAGACUUCUGCGAAUCAGGAGGGGCUGGGAGAAGAGCAGAUACGUCAAAUUUGUUCUGCCCAGUGCAACGGGGGAAUUUUCAAGUGGGGAGACCUCCAGUAAUGUCUAACAGCCCCAGCUGGGAGGAUUUCGAAGCACUAUCAACAUUUCUAUAAAGGUGUUUCUUUUUCUUAAAUGUAUGUAUGUUUUGGUAUAAUGGUAUUAUGGAUAAAAAAAUAAAAUUUGGUGACUCUAGAAAAUGGAUGACCCUCAAACUAGGUUAGACAGUAGUAGUUAAAUUAUAUUGCUGAUUUGCUAGGACAAUUGUUGCCUUAAAAAUGACUGUGAGGGCCGAGCUAGCAGCACGUGGGAGACUGAUGGACUCUGUUAGAUCAGUCACUUGAGGUGCUGGCUGGCAGCUCCCCAAACCAGUACUUCUCAGUUGCUUUCCUAGCUGCUCUCAUAAAUUUCAAUGCCUUUGUUUUUUUAAUACGAGGUUGCACAGAUUUUCUGGGGUUUAUGACAGCAAAGAUACCCUGCCUCUUGAAUGUAUGGAUCAAUCAAGGCAGUGAGGUUUAGAAAGAUCAAUUGCAUCUGGUUUUGUUCUCCUCAGUGAACUCUGUGGACAAGUCAGAACAGCUAUAUUCAUGUUAUUGUGACAGCAGAUUUUACUAAAAUCAUCAAAUCUGACAGCAAGCCCAGUAUCCCUGUUCUCUCAAUAUAUCUUCUCUGGUCCUGGAAGUAGUGCCUGAUGCAUGUUUAUAAGCUGAGGAAAUAAAGCACUUUUUCCAGCAGUAUAAAAGCAUUUGAGAGAGAGACAUCCCCAAUACCAGACGUCUGGUCUGCACUGCUGGCCCUGAGAUGACAGCUACUGCUGCAUGUUCUCUGUUACACUGAGCCAAAGUUUCAAGCAGUAUUUGAUUGAAAUAGAGCGAGGAUAAUUACUGGAAAGGCCUGCUGCUCCACAAAAUUACAUGGAGAAAACCAAGGCCUUCCAGCUGGCCUUACAUCAAAUAAUAGGGUGAAGCUUUUAGAAAUCACUGUCACCUGAACAUUCCCAUUUAAGCAAACAAAACAGCAGCUCUAAACCCACUGGUUUCAUAGCAAUAAUGAGAUCUUUGAACAGUCCUGCAAAGGGAUCAUCAAGUCUUUACCACAACAUGAAAACAUGGCAGUUGUACAUUUUGGGCACAGUCCUUCAUUGCCUUACACCUUAAAGAGUCACUUGCUAGAUCACAAAGCAGGUAUAAAAUGUUCUUCUGACUUCACACCCACUGUGGACAAGGCACAGGGCAAAGAAGAUUUCUGCCCCAAGUUCAUGUUUCACCUGUCACUUUCUAUGAAGUUCCUACUCUUUAUCACAAUAACUCUUUAGGUUUUGGACAUCCAAAUCACCAGAGAAUGGACAGCCAUUCACUAAAGCUCAUUUAAAAGCAAGCAAUCAGGAUGACACGAGAAGACUACCUCAUCAGGGUCAGGUACAAGGACAUGCCUGGAAGAGCCUCAUUCUCCUACAGUAAAGGAAAAGACACCCAGUGUUUAAUAUUGCUCUGAGAAACAAGAGCUGGCAGCCCCAAAUGAGGCACAGCUUGUGGGACAAGGAAUUACUCCUUACCAGACCAGUUCAUAGAAGGGGCAGGAGGAAUUUUCAGCUUUGGGGCACAGAAGUCCUUCUACAAGCCAAUGUUGCUCCCAUAACCUGCAAGAGUUCUACACACAGAGACUCAUAAGAAUUAGCCUGUUUAGCCUCAAGUAACUACAGUGAGGAAUAUUCUCCAAAUAUUGCUCAUGUGGCCAGUGGUGAUAUUGAGUAUUAGUUCUUGCCUAACACAUACAGUAAAGUCUCCAAGUGCUGCUUCUUGUUGCUGAAUAAAAAUACACUGGCUUGAGGGGAAAGCCUAGAUUUCAUAAUCAGGUGAUUUUUUAGUUGUUGUUUUGAUGGGGUUUGGACAAUAUGGUGGAUGUACCAUUCUUUACCACUGUCCCCCUCAGCAAGCUGAGUUUAUUAGGUUUACCCAUCCACCUCCAGCAUUUAGCCCCAGAUUGGCACCUGACCAAAUCACUCUCCAAGCAGACUGAUGACCCAACACUAUUUAUUUCUGGUUUAGGUGAUAGGUUAAGUUUCUACAAGGAUUUGAGGCAGUUUCACCUGAAUAUAAUUCCACCCACUCCAGUUAAACCCAUCCUUGAGGGAAGACUGGAUUCAUCAAGCCUAGUUUUUCAGUUGUCUUUUCCAUUUAAUCAUCAGGCAAAGACAACAUAAAAGCACCAGUUUACACGCUUUAUGGUGUAUUUGAAUGCCUUUUUUUCCCAUCUAGGUUUCUUUUCACAUCCUUAGUUUAGGCAAGACUACUGUCUGGCAGCCAAAAAAGAUUAGGAAGCACGGAAAGAGCAUUACACAGGCUCGCAGGAUUUGUCUUCAAGGGGAAAAAAUAAUGGUUUCUUUUGAGUCACAGCAAGGUUAAAGACUCACCUUUCUGCCUAACAGAAAGUUUGCACCCUUGCUUUGUUUACAUGUCUUCCAUGCCUGCAAACCCUUUCCCAUGGCAAAGGGACAAUUCCCAUGAGCAGAAGGGGAGUCAGUGAAUCAGCAAGGUGCUUUUCAGAUGGACUCAAGCCCAAAGGGACAGACAAGCCAGCUCAAAAUCCCCACAGCUACUGCAGCUCUACAGCAUCUGAAAAAAAAAGCUGGUCUAGUGUCUCCAGGUAUUGCCUGUGCCAACAGACUGGCCAGCCAGCCACCAUCCCUCUUGGAAACCUAAACCAAUUCGUGCAAAGCCCUCUGUAUGUAUCUGGUCCUUACAUGUGACACAACAGUUUGAGUCGUUUCUUCUGAUUUUGGAAUGCUGAAAAUGAGACUAAGGAAUUUUUCAAUUAUCUUUUCCCUAAGCAUUUUUGAUGUGCAUAGGACAUUCAGUGAGAUUGGCUUAAAAUUUACCAUUUAACUAGUUUUGUACUUGAAGUUUUUUUUUCUCUCUGUAUAUAUGUACACACACACAUAAAUAUAUGUAUCUUAUUGCAGAAUAUAUACCUUGAAUGUAAAAA